UUCUUGUCAAAAAAGUCAUUUUGGUUUUCCAUUUGCAUUCUUCCCAUCGCUUUCUUUUUGCAAUUUAUGCAAAUUGCAUACUCCGUGGUGAAUCUGUUUCAAUACUAGGGUUAGCGUUUUUCAUUUCUUUAUUUUUUUGUUUUUUUCGGAGAAAAUCCAUGGGUGCGGAAGGUGAGUCCAGCGUGCCUGCAGUUGAGGCGGAGCAGGUGAACAUAAACAUUAGAUGCUCCAACGGUUCCAAAUUUUCGGUCAAAACAAGCCUCGAAUCGACCGUACGGGAAUUUAAAGGUGUGUUGGCGCAGAAUUGUGAUGUGCCAGCUGAACAGCAGCGGUUGAUUUACAAAGGACGGAUCUUGAAGGAUGACGAAACCCUAGUCAGCUACGGUUUACAGGCGGAUCACACAGUUCAUUUGGUUCGUGGUUCUGCACCAGCUGCAUCUCCUCCUGCCGCUGUCCCUCCUAGUACUGAAACUACCAACAAUGUUCCACCUGCAACACAAGGUAUCAGCGCCGAUACUGGGGGAGCUGGACUGGGUGGUACGGGCGCAUCGCUAUUUCCAGGUCUUGGUUUAGGUGCACUUGGUGGUACUGGGUCAUCUGGAUUGUUUGGUGCUGGACUUCCUGAGUUUGAGCGGGUGCAGCAACAAUUGACUCAAAAUCCUAACAUGAUGAGAGAUAUUAUGAAUAUGCCUGCAAUUCAAAACCUGAUGAACAAUCCUGAAGUUAUGCGUAGCUUGAUUAUGAGCAAUCCUCAGAUGCGAGAGAUCAUUGACCGGAACCCUGAGCUUGCCCACAUUCUUAAUGAUCCCGGCAUUCUUCGUCAAACUCUAGAGGCUGCAAGGAACCCAGAGCUGAUGCGUGAGAUGAUGCGGAACACUGAUCGGGCAAUGAGCAAUAUUGAAUCUUCUCCUGAAGGAUUUAACAUGCUGAGACGCAUGUAUGAAAAUGUCCAGGAACCGUUCUUGAAUGCAACUACAAUGGGUAAUCGAGCUGGUAACGAAGCAGGAUCAAAUCCAUUUGCAGCUCUCCUGGGUAAUCAAGGUGGCUCCCAACCCCGAGAAGGGUCUAAUACUUCAUCAACUGGUGGGCCUGAAAUGACCUCAGGGACAACUGUUCCAAACACUAACCCACUUCCCAAUCCAUGGAGCAAUACUGGAGGUCCUCAAACAAAUAAUGCUACAAGAACCAAUCCAACUGGUGAAGCAAGAGCACCCCCUGUUGCUGGGUUAGGAGGUCUCGGUCUUCCUGAGUUGGAGCGCAUGGGCAUUCCAGAUUCCUCUUCAUUCAGCCAAUUAUUGCAGAAUCCUGCUGUGGGACAGAUGAUGCAGAGCUUGCUUUCCAACCCUCAGUACCUAGAUCAAAUUCUUGGUCUAAAUCCUCAACUUCGCAGCAUGUUUGAUAUGAACCCUCAAUUAAGAGAAAUGAUGCAAAAUCCAGAAGUUCUUCGAGAGUUGGCAUCACCCAACACCAUGCAGCAAAUGAUGGCUUUGCAGCAACAGCUCUCCCAGCUCACCAGACAGCAGCCAAACCUGCCUGGAGCUGAGACUGGUCAGCCAAGAGGCACUGAUAACAAUCUGAAUAUGGACUUGCUGAUGAAUAUGUUUGGUGGACUUGGAGCAGGCAGUGUUCCCAGCACUCCCGAUGUUCCCCCAGAACAGCUAUAUGCUACUCAGUUAACACAGCUGCAGGAGAUGGGUUUCUACGAUACUCAAGAGAACAUCAGAGCCCUCCGAGCUACUUCAGGAAAUGUUCAUGCAGCUGUUGAACGACUUUUGGGGAAUUCCGGUCAAUAGUACCCUCGGCCUGGCUGUUUGCAGACAUUUUUUUGGUGAUGCACAUUGUGAAACUAGUCGUUAAGUUCUUUAACAGGCAUAUACCGACUUUAAGAGCGCCAUUACCAUUUGAAGUGUGUGAAUAAAGAUUGCAUCCACUUCACUUCUAUGUUAGUACCGUAACUUGCUGCUGGCGAAGGUUUUCAACUAUUAUGUUAUUAUUCAGUGCGCGCUCCCUUUAACUUUUGCCUGUGUACAUACAGAUGUUUUAAGAAUGUUGGUGCGGAAAUGUUCUAUUUAUUUUCACAUUGAAAUCA